AUGGAAUGGGGGUAUAGAUGCAAAAUGGUAACGUUCUGCUUCACCCUCACUCUGAAGUCAAUCGAAUUGAUAUUUCUAGAAAGUGCACUUAGUGCACUUGUGUGUGACUGCAUGCAUGACAAACAUGACUUCUGGCUGCAAAGCAGGUUCGUACAUUGUCGGGGGAACGCCGAAACGCCGAUUUCAGUACGUUUGUGUGAUUUCAUAGCCAUGGGUUCCGAUUCUGAUGAAGUCCAAGAAGUUCCACUUACAGUUGGAUUCCACCGCCCAGCAUUCGAUCUGCACAGACUGCUGUCUGGCAGAGAUGUUUCAACACCAGAACAUCGGCCUACACCGUCCGCACCAGCAUCUGCGGGUGCUGCUGGGGAUCCAGCUGCUUCUGAUGCAGCUCCAUUCAAUCCUCCGACAAGUCGACCAGGAGUUCUCCGGCAUGCCCUACCUCCUCGGGUUGGGGCUUCUGAUGAUAGCUCCAACGAGAAAAAAGCUCCCAAACGCAAAGCCAAAGCUAAGUCCGGCAAAUCCAAGAAGCAAAAGGAUGAAGAACCUGACAAUGAGUUUGAACCUCUUGGGGGACAUGACUCGGAUGACCAUGAUAGUGAUCCUGAUAGUCAGGGCAGUGGAGGGAACGAUGAUGGCUUGGAUAGUUCAAGACCUGCCCCGAAUCCCCGAAAGCGUCCUGCGUGCAACAGUGCCAAGAAGAAGCCGUCCACCAAGCCUCGCAAGCAUGGCGACUUCAUCACCAGCGAGGACAAGGAUCAGCCUACUCAUCCUACUCCGUUUGGGUUCGAGAUUGCAUUGCAACACAACAGCGGCGACGUUCAGAGUGGAAAUACUAUGAUGAACAUUCUCGAGUUCCCGGAGAACCAGCUUGGAUUAGAGAUUUCUCCUUGGAACAAGGCUUACGCUUACGAAGGACUGGAGAAGCACCGCCCGGAGGAUGUCACCAAUCCAAUCCCCGAGCUAUCCAUUGAAGAUCCCACCAGCAUUUCCAGUCUGGCUCGAGAUCUCUUUCCUGAGAUAGGAGAAAAUAUGGAGUUUCCUGAUGUUGGAAAGUUUGCCGGAGACCUCAAGGCUUUCUCAGAACAUGCGGAGCAAAGCUUGGAUGCUGCUGCCACUGCUCAUUCCUGUGGGUUGGUUUCAUCGGAAGCUGUGGCCAUGACGAUUGGAUCUAUCAACAAUGCCCUUGUGGCAAUACAGAACCACAUGGACACCCACAGCUACAGCUUCACUCCAAAGGAAGAGGAAGCCUAUCAGGCUGCUUUGGCAAUUGAGGCAGCAGCUGCACCCUUGGGCGGAGACCUUGCAAAUGGGCCUGGAGAUGAUCGACAUGAGCAUGCUUGUAACAUCCCUGAGAACCCAGCAGGGGAUGAAUCUGAGCCUAUGGUAGUUCAAGAAGUUGCAGCACCAAACUCGCAAGAACAACCGCACGAACAAGAUCAAACAGUUGUUUCUUCUGACAAUGACUCGGCCAUUACACCAACGCAACCAGAUGAAGACACACCGGACUCCAGUCCAGCGCAGCCAAAGCAGCAUGCUGAGCUUACAGCAGCACCCAAUGCAUCGGGCAGAGUCGCAUCAACAUCGGCGCACUCGGCCAUGGCCAAGGCCAAGCCAACCCCCAAGGCCAAAACAAAGGCCAAAGCCAAAGCAGCACCAAAACAUGCAACAGCAAAGCACAAGUCCUCCUCCUCCAAACCUACGGAGGCAGCUGAGGACUAUAGCAAUGACACUAUUUUGAAGAAGAAGUUGCACUCAGUCUACUCUGUCGCAUGGAAGCUCACAGAUGGCACUGGUGAGGAGAAGAGGAACAAAGCAAUGGAGGCCCGCAAGAAGCACUCAGACUGUGUCUCUACACUUGGCUGCCGGAUACAGGACUGCCGCGCAUGCCGAUUUGCAGCGCUCCAUGUGGAGCACCCAGCGGGGUGCCAGACUUAUGUGCUUCGAGCCUUCGACGCGCUGAAGGCUUCCCUGCAGGCUGGCGACAAGGGCACGGCGACCAUGGAUCAUUUGGUGGAGCUCUUCUACGCGAAGUUCGCCACGGAUGUGGCUCGCUGGCAGGAGUCGGACCAGCGAGUUCCGCUCCGGGAGAUCUUGGAGGGCAGCGCCUCGUCCCGACGCCUGGCCGCCGGCGACUUCACCUACGUGGAGCUCUUCGACAUGUGCCUCGCAGAGUUCGACAAGCGGGACGUGCCAAGGCGGGAGUUCCGGACCUUCCUGGGCGAGCUACCGGCGGUCCCGUUCUCGGCCUUCCGUGCGCUGGAAGCACAGUGUCAGCUACCAGGAGCGCGGAAGAUGGCACUUCUCACGAUCUUGGCCUUGAUCGAAGGGAAGCCUGCGUGUCGCUGGCGCGGCUUAAACCUUCUCCUGAAGCUGGCCUUUUCCGCGGGAGAGGACGUCGUGCGCUUCGACACCAUCCGAUUGAUCAUCAACAAGAUCUACGCAGCGCCAAGCGCUCCCAUGCGCUGGCAGCUUCCACAUCUCUCAGAUGCUGAAGCUCAUCGUCUCCUCCCGCCCGAGGAUGCCAAUGGAACAGCCUGGGAGCUGGUGGAUCCGGACUUCCUGCCGAUCGACAGGUUGCGCGGUCGCUGCAUCGAAGACCUGGCAACUCUCAUGCUACGUUCCGCAGCGAGCGCCAAGAGCUCCUUCCGCCACGCCAUUGGCAUCCCCCUGCGGCUGGAGCAGCUCCGUGCAGAUCUCUUCAAAGGUGCGAUUUGCGCUCCAAAGGAUCGUGUGUGGCUCUACGGCGCUCUGUGCAUCAAAAGGCCCAUCUUGCUCCAUGGCCUCGUCGAGACCUUUCACCAGUGCGACGAGGAGAUGAAGGAGCAUCUCAUCAAUUCCAUUGAGGAGGCGGUGAAGUACAUCCCGGUGACCGAACAGGAGCUUCUGGUGCUGGUGCAGAAGGCCUCGCGGCAAACAGAGGCCUUGAUCCUCAAAGUGCUGAACAUCUUGAUGAGCAGCCGAGGGAACGAGCCCUUGCAGCCGGGCUUUGGAGAAGCCGUCUUGAAGCUCUACAAGGAGAGCCAUGAUCCGCGCUUGUUGGUGCCGGUCUUCGAUCUGCUGGACCGCAACAGCCUCCUGGACUAUCUUCCGGCUGUCUUGCAGCUGGAACAGGACAAGGUGGCGGACGCCUUCCGUUUGAUCGUCGGGUCCCGUGCGCCGCCCAUCAGUGUGACUGAGCUGCUGAUGGAGUUGCACCACGUGAACAGCGGUGAGAACAUCGUGCCGAUCAAAGCCUCGAUGCAAGCCCUCAACAUCAUCUUUUCCAUGCGGGAGAAGUUUGAUGCGAAGGUCUAUGGCAUUGUGAUUCAGUCGCUGGUGGAAGAACCAGGGCCACUACCAACGCUCUUCAUGCGAACAGUGAUACAAGUGGUCAAAGAGCUCCCUCGACUGUCGGACUUCAUUGUCAUGGAGAUUCUUCCCAGACUCGUUCGACAAGAAGUUUGGGGAGAUGAGAACAUGUGGCGCUGCCCUCAGAUGAGAACUGGCGGGGAGAAGGGACGUCCGGGACGACUGGCGGAGACCUCUGCCAGGAUUGCCAUCUACGCCGUCCUGGCGAUGGCCUACGCGAACCUUUGGGCCUUUGUCAAUGCGAAGCACGUGGUGAACUCAGUGGUGCGACGAUGGGCGUUCACAACGGGCGAAACGAAGCGCAGAGCUGUGUGGAGCUCUCCAGGUCGAGCCGAUGAGGAGGAGAACGCUGGGCCUGCAGAGAUUUACACGGGCGUUGCGCAGAAAGCAGUCUACUUGAUGAAGGAGAAUCCCACGUUGUUCGACAUGUCGGUGGAGGAGGAGCUAGAGGCCGACAUCGCCGGGCGGUUGGUCUGUCGGAAGUUUCAACAGCUCCAAGUGCCGCUGAUUCCCGUGCUCAAGGAGGGUGGCGACGUGAAGUUUGGCAACGUGGACCUCAAGGCUUUAACCACGGACAUCUAUUCCAAAGAUGCGCUGGAGCUGGUGCGAGAGCACUUGUUCCGGAUCAUCGGACAGCAAGGCAAUCCUUCCUUCGCUGGUGGCAUGGGAGUGGUUCAGAUCGCGCUCUUUCAAGCGGGCCAGGUCUACGCGAUGUCAGCGAUGUUUGGCUACUACCUCCGACGUGUGGAUCAGCGGUAUCAGCUGGAGAAGCUGGCGGGGAAUUUUGGUGCCUGGGGCGAGGAGGCGCCGGAGGUCACCAGCCCCUUCGCCCAGGAUCAGGGUGCCGCCGAUUCGUUGAAGGGCUACAUCGAAUCCUUUGGAGCUGACGAAGUUCAGAGCAUGUGGUCGGUGACUUCGGUGGAAGCGCAGAUGGCGAUGGAGUCGCAGGUCACGGCGCUCUUCGGAGAUUUGCGUGCGCUCAAGGACAAGCUGGUGAAUGCGCUGGGCAUGGUGAGCAGUCCAGAGGAAGCUACCCAGAAACUCGAGCAGGCCAUUAAGAAGAAGGAGGUGGAAUCGCUUCGACUGACCAGCGACGACCUACGACGCUUGGUGCUGGAAGCUGUGGCCUAUGGCUCCUUGUUGAACGACUCUGAAAAGCAGUUCGACUCCAUCUACGAGUUGACCCCAGCGUCCAAUCGGAUCAUGGGAGUGUUAACCGGUGAUGAAGAAGGUGCGAAAUGGGGGCGACGCGCGGUGCGACCGGGACGCGCAGGACGCGGCAGAAAGUGCCUUGUUCAAGCGUUUGUUCAGCCACUGUCACUGUUUGUUCGGCCACUGUUCACUUCCAUAGAUUUGACCUUGGAAUCCUGA